AUGGGGAUAGACAAGUCGCGCCUCCGACCCGUGAAGACUCCGCUGCACGGAUUUGCCGGAGAUAAGGUGAUCUCCGAGGGCGCUAUUUCCCUCCCAUUUACAACGAGAGAAGGGCAGAAUCAAGUGACUCUUCUAAUGGACUUCCUGGUGGUGAAUGUACCAUCAGCACACAAUGUCAUCAUGGGCUGGUCGUCCCUUAAUGCCAUGAGGGCGUUCGUAUCUACGUAUCAUCUAAUGAUGAAGUUCCCUGCCGAUGGAGGGGUCGAAUAUGUCCGAGGAGACCAGCAGGACUCGUCCACUGAAGAUCUUGUGACUGUCCCGCUCAAGGAUGCCGAUCCGAGCAGAACAAUUCAGCUUAGGUCAUCGCUGAAUUCUGAGCAGCGAGCUCAGAUGCUGACAUUCCUUCAACAUCACAAGGACGUCUUUGCAUGGUCGCACCAAAACAUGUCGGGUAUUCCUCCAGAGAUCAUGGUUCACAAGUUGAAUGUGGAUCCAAAGCGGAAACCAGUGAAGCAGAAGAGGAAGGCGUUCGAGCCCGAAAAGUAUGCAGCCAUAGCCAACGAGGCAUCGAAGCUCCUUAGUGUUGGUUUCAUUGAGGAAAUCCACUACCUAAACUAG